AUGAGAGCUUUUCUGCUCCGUUCGUUCGUUUUAUUUGCUUGAUCGUCCACGCUCUCUCGCCGUCCCAGCAGCGUCAUCGGCCGUCAUCCCUUUCCUCGAUACAGAGUACCCUCCCACCAGCGGCAGCAGUUUCUCGUCGUCCCAUACUGUGGAAAGUCUAGAACAAGAUUCGAGCACAGCCGAUACCCUGUGGCCGAUCGAGGACGGCUCCGAUGGGCAGCCUGGUUGGCGUCCAGCACGGCCGGCGAUGAGCCCACAACCCCCCGUGAUGGAUAUGUCAACGUACCCUGGGGGGGAGAAAUCCCUUGCAGGCAUCUCAUUGAGAGCGUUCGUCAUUGGUGUCACCCUCGGGGUGUCUGUGUGUCUUACAAUCGUGGUGUGCCCCUUCACAUCGCUGUGGCGAGUGCCAUUCUUCCUCGCCUCGCUGAGUCUCUUCCAUUUUCUCGAAUACUACGUGACAGCUCGAUACAACACGAGAUAUGCCUCGGUGUCUGCCUUCCUGCUUACCUCGAACGGCUGGGCCUACAACGCCGCGCACACCUCGGCCGUGGUGGAAUGUAUCGUGGCUUCUUGUCUGUUUCCGGAUAGCUACACCACGUGGACCGCACCCGUCUAUGGCGUCAAGGUGCAUGUUGUGGUCGGGGUGGUCCUCAUGGUGCUCGGCCAAAUGGUUAGAACAGUAGCGAUGGCACAGGCCGGCAGUAACUUCAACCACACGGUCCAGGUCGAGCAUAAGGAAGGGCAUAGAUUGGUGACCAGCGGGGUCUACCGUCUGUUCCGCCAUCCCAGUUACUUCGGGUUUUUCUGGUGGGGGCUAGGAACGCAACUGGUCUUGGGGAACGUCGUCUGUUUUGCGGUGUAUGCCGUCGUUCUGUGGAGGUUCUUCCACAGUCGAAUCGAACGGGAAGAAAGAUUCCUGGUUCUUUUCUUCGGAGACGAAUACCGCAAUUACAAACAACACACCUGGGUGGGUAUCCCUGGGAUUAUCUGACGAACGAAACUAGACAACUAGUUACUCAGCGGCGGUGUACUACAUAUCUUCGCCUCGGGGCGAUUCGGCCUUGUCAGAGACAAAUACCAUGCAUCUUAUUUUUAUUUUCGCUCCCUAUUCCCGUGCCUUAUUUUCGUGUAUUCUCUUUGGUUAGACAAGGCCUCCUGUGGUCCCCCGUCAUCAUGGUGUCACGGGUGAGCCAG